AUGUCUUAUCAAUCAAGUGUAGCUCAAGACUCUUUAGCUGCGGCACAAUUAGAGAUGACCGGUAACCCCAACGCUUUGGCCUUGCGUCGGCCAUUCGACCCGGUGGCGCACGACUUAGAAGCUAGUUUUCGAUUGACACGAUUUGCGGACUUGAAAGGAAGAAGCUGCAAAGUUCCCCAAGAUGUUCUUGGUAAACUUGUGGAAUCGCUACAACAGGACUACUCCCAACAAGAGGAUCAAUUUAUGCAUGUGGCGAUCCCGCGCAUCGGUAUCGGCUUGGACUGUUCCGUAACACCACUCAGACAUGGAGGACUUUGUUUGGUCCAAACUACCGACUUCUUCUACCCUUUGGUUGACGACCCCUAUAUGAUGGGUAAAAUCGCGUGUGCUAACGUACUAAGCGACCUGUAUGCGAUGGGUGUUACAGAAUGUGACAAUAUGCUUAUGCUGCUCGGCGUGUCAACAAAGAUGACUGAGAAAGAGCGUGAUGUUGUGAUCCCUCUAAUUAUGCGUGGAUUCAAAGACUCUGCUCUAGAGGCUGGCACCUCUGUCACUGGUGGACAGACUGUCAUUAACCCUUGGUGUGCAAUUGGCGGGGUAGCUACUACAAUCUGCCAACCCAAUGAAUAUAUUGUUCCUGAUAAUGCUGUUAUGGGUGAUGUACUUGUGUUAACCAAACCCUUGGGUACCCAAGUAGCUGUAAAUGCUCAUCAGUGGCUUGAUCAACCUGAACGCUGGAAUCGUAUCAAGCUGGUUGUGUCUGAAGAAGAUGUCCGUAAGGCGUAUCACCGAGCAAUGGAUUCUAUGAGCAGGCUCAAUCGCAUUGCUGCUCGUUUAAUGCAUAAAUACAAUGCUCAUGGUUCCACAGAUGUUACUGGCUUUGGCCUGUUAGGUCAUGCACAGAACCUGGCUUCUCAUCAGAAGAAUGAGGUUUCAUUUGUUAUUCAUAACUUACCAGUGAUUGCCAAAAUGGCAGCAGUAGCCAAGGCAUGUGGCAAUAUGUUCCAACUGUUGCAAGGGCAUGCUCCCGAGACAUCAGGUGGACUGCUCAUCUGCUUGCCCCGUGAACAAGCUGCAGCAUAUUGCAAAGACAUUGAGAAGCAAGAAGGCUACCAGGCAUGGAUUAUAGGAAUUGUUGAGAAAGGCAACCGCACUGCCCGCAUCAUUGAUAAGCCCCGAGUCAUUGAAGUGCCCGCUAAAGAUUAA